AUGAAUCUGUGCCUGGGCCGGAGCAAUGUAGGUACUUCCCUCCGCCAACAAACCUGGCUAUUCACCACGACGUACAACAGGCACUCAGCACAUCUCUUCGUCAAAACCGCAGACAUCCAAUCCCCCAAGGACAAACCUGAACCGCGGACACACACCAUGGGCACAGACAGCGGGAACAGCAUCACCCGCGGCUGGUGCGAUGAGUGUGGAUGUGGGCUUUUCAUCAAGCCCCAAACCAAGCCGGACAUGACCUGUCUCAAAGCGGGACUCUUCAAGCCGCACGAGAUCCCCAACCCGACGAUGGAGAACUGGAUGAAGAACAUGGAGAACUGGGAGACGCCGGCGAAGGGAACGAAGAGGACUUCUGACGUGCAGUAG